UUGGUGGGACUGCUCAUGGCCGUCUUCUCUGACAAAGGGAAUUACUACUGGUGGCUUCUUCCUCCUGUGGCAGUUAUAUCAAUGGCCUGUCCAAUCCUGUCCAGUGCUUUGGGAUCCAUCUUCAAUAAAUGGGACCUUCCUGUUUUCACUCUGCCCUUCAAUAUUGCCGUGACUUUGUACUUGGCAGCCACAGGACACUACAACCCCUUCUUCCCUACAACCCUCAUCAAGCCUGUAGCAUCAGUGCCCAAUAUCACCUGGUCGGCAAUCAAUGUGCCACUGCUCUUGCAGUCCAUCCCAGUCGGUGUUGGUCAAGUGUAUGGUUGUGACAACCCCUGGACUGGAGGCAUCAUCCUUGUUGCUUUACUUAUCUCCUCCCCGCUUAUUUGUUUACAUGCUGCAAUUGGAUCGACAGUGGGGAUGUUUGCAGCACUGAGCAUUGCAUCACCAUUUGACAGCAUCUACCUUGGCUUACACAAUUACAACUGCGCACUCGCGUGCACUGCGAUUGGGGGCAUGUUCUACGCCCUGACCUGGCAGACUCAUUUGCUGUCACUUGCCUGUGCAUUAUUUUGUGCCUACUCCGGAGCAGCUCUUGCUAAUGCCCUGUCAGUGAACAUCAAAAUGGAAAACAGUGUUGAUGUGAAGAUAGAAACCAAGGGGGAAAGAAAGUCAGUAAAGCGGAAUCCACUAAGCAAAGCUGGGAAGAGAGUCUGCAGAGCUGUUGGGUACAUCACUGGAGACAUGAAGGAAUUUGGAGCCUGGCUGAAAGAUAAACCUCUCAUGAUCCAGUUUAUUGACUGGGUGCUGCGUGGGAUAUCCCAGGUGAUGUUUGUCAACAAUCCCCUCAGUGGGCUUGUCGUGGUUGCUGGCUUCCUAGUGCAGAACCCUUGGUGGACACUCACAGGCUGUUUAGGAACAGUUGUCUCAACUUUUGCAGCACUUAUUCUGGGUCAGGACAGAUCAGCCAUAGCAGCAGGCCUGUACGGCUAUAACGGGGUCUUGGUGGGAUUGCUCAUGGCCGUCUUCUCUGCUAAGGGAGACUACUAUUGGUGGCUUCUACUGCCGGUAACACUGGUGUCCAUGAUGUGCCCUAUUUUCACCAGCUCUUUAAGCUCAAUCUUCUGUAAGUGGGAUCUGCCUGUUUUCACCUUGCCUUUCAACUUGGCCUUGACCUUCUACCUGGCUGCAUCAGGACCCCAUAACCUCUUCUUCCCAACAACUGUCAUUCAGCCUGCAACAGCAACACCAAACAUCACCUGGGCAGAUGCUGAAAUGCCAAUGCUCCUGCAAUCCAUUCCAGUUGGGGUGGGUCAGGUUUAUGGCUGUGAUAACCCCUGGACUGGAGGAAUUUUUCUGAUUGCUUUAUUUAUCUCUUCUCCACUCAUUUGCCUGCAUGCGGCAAUCGGAUCAGCUGUGGGGAUGUUGGCAGCACUGAGCUUAGCAACACCUUUCAGCAAAAUCUACUCCGGCUUGUGGGGCUACAACAGCUCCCUCUCGUGCAUUGCAAUCGGAGGCAUGUUCUACGCUUUCACCUGGAAGACACAUUUGCUGGCAAUUGCCUGCGCGCUCUUCAGUGCCUACCUGGGAGCAACGUUGUCUAACAUGUUGUCUGUGUUUGGGGUGCCAUCAGGAACUUGGUCUUUUUGUUUGUCCGCAUUGACCUUCCUAUUAAUAACCACAAACAACUCUGCUAUCUACAAGCUGCCACUCUCCAAAGUCACCUAUCCAGAAGCCAACCGAGCUUAUUACCUGAAGAUGAAGAAGCAUCAGAGGUCUUGCUGUGAGGUAUAAAUACCCAAGAAGAGGGAUACUUGGUGGAUUUUAAGGCAAGAGUGCAAGUUGUUUCCCCAGAAAGUGUGAUUUGUGUGCUAUAAAGUCGAAAGACUGAAAAAAAAUUGACAACUUCUGAGUGGAGAGCCUUUUCCCACCACAUUCUUUUGUUCUACUCUGAUUAGAUAGGACUGUGCUAUGUUGGAAGGACCUUUCCCAAGACCAAUCUGUAAUGAUUUAAAAACACAUAUGUCUGAAAAGACACUUGAAUUUUAAGCAGUGGGGAUAUGACAUAGAAGUUAAAAAUCUAUAGUAGUUGUUAAAUCCAAGUCAUGGCAAUCAGACAUAAAGCAAUAAAGAGCAGAGCAUCUCUCAUCAUCUGAUGGGACUCCCUAAUUAAUGGUUAAAACCAUCUUACAACAGUAAUAGGAUACGUCUUAGAGAGCUUGAUAGUAGCAGAGAAGUGGAAUAAAGAGUACCCUUUGCUAAGUAGAAAAUGGGUAGUGAAGAAUUCUACCUGCAGGAUCUCUCAAGCCCAGUGGAGAGAGAUGUGCAUUAGCAUCAUCACACACAAGAUGGACAGAGACAAACUGCAGGCAGCAUUGCUAACACUCGCAAGACUUGUGGUAAAAAUCACAAUAAUGUCAGGGAGGGAGUGUCUACCAGCCCCACCAUUUGGAUGUUUUAGUUUGCACUAGGCUUUAACAUUUCAUGAAAAAAAAAAAAAAAAAAAAAAUUUCAGGCUUACCCAGUUGCAGGGAAAAGUCUGUAAACCAAAGGCCAAGGAAGAAAAUGCUGGUGAAAAGAAUCUUUUUCUUAAAAA